GGUUGAUGUUCUUUGUAACGGGGAGAGGGAGCGACCAUCCCAAACCAGCUGUGUAAAUGAGUAUGGAAGAUUAUGACUUUCUCUUCAAGAUAGUUUUAAUUGGGAACGCCGGCGUGGGGAAGACCUGCUUGGUGCGGCGGUUCACUCAGGGGCUUUUCCCACCAGGCCAAGGAGCCACCAUUGGGGUCGACUUUAUGAUUAAGACGGUGGAGAUCAAUGGUGAAAAAGUAAAGUUGCAGAUCUGGGACACAGCUGGCCAAGAGAGAUUCCGGUCCAUUACACAGAGUUACUACCGCAGUGCCAACGCUUUGAUCCUGACCUAUGACAUAACCUGCGAAGAGUCGUUCCGAUGCCUCCCGGAAUGGCUGAGGGAGAUCGAGCAAUAUGCCAGCAAUAAGGUCAUCACUGUCCUAGUGGGGAACAAGAUAGACUUAGCAGACAAAAGAGAAGUCUCCCAACAAAGAGCAGAAGAAUUUUCCGAAGCCCAAGACAUGUACUAUCUGGAGACCUCCGCUAAAGAAUCGGAUAAUGUGGAAAAACUCUUUCUGGACUUAGCUUGCCGGCUGAUCAGCGAAGCCAGGCAGAACACGCUUGUGAACAAUGUGGAAUCCCCCUUACCCGGCGAAGGCAAAAGCAUCAGCUAUUUGACUUGCUGUAAUUUCAACUGAUGGCCUGA